AUGCUUAAGCACCCUCAGCAUAGUCUGGUCGUAGCAGCUACUAUAGAUGACAAGUGCCACAAUCACUUACUCUCGUUGUGCCAGGUCGAUAAGGUAGUGACUUUGUCCGUUGAGGUUAAGUCUCACGGUGCAAGGCAAGUGGACAAGGAGGGGAGGGUGCACUUCCUCUUGGCAGCCAGAGGCCUUCCACACGCCCGGAGGAAGUCUGAGGCCUUGUGGGACCGGGCGAUCAAGGCGGUAGAAGUGCUUAAGAAGGAUCCCCACGGAGUUGCCGGUCUGGAGUCACCGCCUUGGCUGAAGACCGCGGAAAUGGAUCUACAAGCCUUGUCGGACCAAGGCAGAGCAGGUCUCACGUCGCUCGCCAGACAAAUCCUCAAGGCAUUGUCUGAAGACCCAGCGAAGUUGUCCAGAGAAAACCUCUGGACACCGUUUGUCAUGUCAGGUCUCUGCAUGGCCCGGGCAGCGGAUGCUGUGUCCGAGACAGAGGAGAUGGACGCCCUUCGGUCGGAGAAGCCAGGCCGCAUCGAAACUACCUGUUGGUCGGCUGUCAAGGAGCAAGGGUCUCAACCUUACAAGGACGGCAGGCUGGUGUAUCACCACCUGAAGCAGUGCGACGAGGUGUUCCACUUCCGGCUGGCAGAGCUGGUGGUCGAGGACAAGGAGGUCAGGACGCUUGUGGAAGGUCUCUGGUGCUUGAUCCUUGGGACAUUCCAGUACAAGGAGGCCUGGAUGGCGCUGAGGAGGAGAUUCGGCCUGGUUAAUGUUGGGGAGCAGGUCAAGGGGGACAAUUCGACCCACUGCUCUGAUAAGCCCAGAGCGGAGAGAGCCGGGGAGACGGGAGAGCACGGGCUACAAGACCGAGAGUGGCAGGCGUACAAGUGCCGAGUGUGGAACUUGAGACACCUCGCCUCCGGACGCCGUGCAGCUGGCCAGGGUCGCCAAGCAGAAGAUUUCUUGAACAUCAUCAAGAUCUCACAAGCUGCGAUCCGCACUCACCUUGGCAAGGUCAUUGUCAAGGGAGAGCUGGCGUACCGCCCUCCUCCUCCAGACAAAGACAGCAAGGAGAGGUCGUCAGGCUAG